UUGGAUUUGGGUCGCGCAAAAGCCUGCCAUUUGUCACUUGAAACAGCAUCCAGAAGCCCCCAGAGCCACCGACGUCACGUAGCGUGGGCUUUCCGCCGCCUGUGCGCCCCGCAGUGCACCGCCAUUGCCAGAUCGCCGGGGUGCUGCUAA